AUGGCAACAAGAAGUGGGAUGUCUACUCCCUAUUCAAUUCUUGAAAAGUUGUCAGUAGGAGGGCGAGACGACGACACAGACGACAAUCAGGACGAUGACCGGGACAAUGACCAGGACAAAGAGCUCAUUACGGGCAUCGACCUCAACAGCGAAGCAUUAAAGCGACUGUGUACCGGACGCUUCACGACACCCAAUUUCGACAAAGAACCCGAAUAUCGCGAGCAGAGAUUAGAUAUUGCUUCAGCUGCUCUAUACCUGGGCGGUGGCGAGGCCCAUGGUAAAGCCCAUGGUAAAGCAGUCUGUCGUGUUCUGACCAAAGCAAAACCCAAGCGACCAACCGAAGAAGACGGGAAAUCUGCUGCGCGUUGGCUGUACGACCAUCGUAGGCACUAUGAGACAAGCGGUAUAUCUUUCGAUGAUUUUGAGCGUCUUGCCAUCAAUGCUACAUUGGAGCAUCAUCCGGAGCAUUUUCGGGUCGUUACCUAUCUGCUGAAGAAAAUCCGGACCGUGUGCAAAGAACGCUCUCCUUAUGGUAGCUUCAUAAAACCUGGAACAGUCCUUCGAUGUGAUGGAAAGGAUCGAAAACUCCCGGAUAAGCCGGACUUGCACGCAUCGUUCAUUGCGUGGCCCUACUUUGAUACAGGAAAUUUGAAACCUCCGACUACCUCGAAAGACAGCCUGCUUCAUGUGCCUCGUGGCUUAUUCCGGUACUCUUAUCCCCAAGAGAAUACCUUGGAUCGGGAAGAUCACCAGGUCUUUCGCAAAUUCCGAGGCGUCGAUGCAAACCAGUAUUUGCGCGUAUCCCAGCUCUGGGUUUUGGUCCUACAAUCCACUACCAUAAUUUCUUGUGGUCCUGAAACAAUCACAAAAACGUUCGGUAAAUAUGUUGAAGUCAUCGACGGGAAUAAAGAUUUCAGUGGUCAGCCUUUAGUAGAGGUAACUGAUGUUUUCCGAAGAGUCACUUAUUUUCCAAUUGAUCAGUGCGAAGACUUUCACCGGCUAGAGCGAACCAUAUGUCGCAAGUGCCUUCCCGAUGACAACCAGGAGAUCAACAAUUAUACUCUUCAUCAUGGAAAUAGCAAAGAAGAGAUCGGAUUUCUUCAAUGGGCAACCAUUCUCAGGGAGAACCAAUCUAUGUUCAUACAUGUGAGAAUCAAUCGCAAGGUAGCUGUCCCUGACCGCUCGACACCUCGAUGUUCAUCGAAGGAUGUGGACGAGAUGCCUGACACAUACUUAAGUGCCCGUUUGGCAUGUUGCAGAAGUUUAUCUACCAACGCGGAACUUAUAGGCCUCUCAUACCUAGAGGAAUACGUAGAAGAUACUAAAAAGCAUCUUCUACGCCAAGGCUAUGUGUGCAUUCAUGCUCCUCUAGAGACACUUAUACUGUUCAUGUUUCGAGACUUUGUUGGGCGGCCCUUGACAAAUUUUACGGUCCUCGAACUUUACCAAGAACAUCUAUCGAAGCUCCGAUACGAUGCGGGCCGGCGUCCUUCGAGGAAACUCCUCCAAGAAAUGCAUCUCUUAGAAGAAGAGAUGGAAAUAGUUGAAACAGUUUACAAGCAGCAAUUCGAGGUGAUUCGCCGCCUAGGAAAGAUUAUCGAACCCGACAGCUACCGAAUCACGGAAUUUGUGCGCAUUGAUGCGCAUAAGAUCGAAAGCAGAAUCCUGAAGAGAGUAGGGCGAAUGGCUUGUGAAUUUAACGCGCGUUUCGCAUCUCAUCGGUCUCAAACAGCGAAGGCAGUGCAGGACCUGAAAUCCGAUCUUGAAAUUGCCGGCCAGAGACACUCGAAGGCAAUCCUCGCAUUUACACUGGUCACAAUCGUUUUUCAAAUACUGUCUUUCGUGGCUUCACUUUUUGGUAUGAACACCUCCGACAUAAGGGAAAUGGGGGGUACGCAGGCCAAAUAUUGGCAAGCUGCGCUGCCACUGGCUGCUCUCAUUGGAGGCAUAUCUCUUCUCGUGGCGUACGGUCCACCUAUUCGAGAACGAUUCGGAAGAUGGCGCCGCGAAAACCACGACACAUCACAAAUCAAGAAGAGAUCUUGGAUCCAAGUUUUCAGUCGAUCAAGGCGGAGAGACGAAGAGGACAAUGACCUUGUUGAACCUAAGUAG